AUGGCUUCGAUCCUGCGACAAAUCGUCGCCGGCCCGCGGGCGAGACACCCCGAGGCAGGGCUCGAUCUCUGCUACGUUACCGAUUAUAUCAUUGCCACAUCUGGUCCGUCACAGACCUACCCUCAGCGGGCCUACCGCAACCCGCUGGAUCAGCUUGUAAACUUCCUCGACUCAAAGCAUGGCGAGGACUGGGCCAUAUGGGAGUUUCGCGCCGAGGGCACUGGCUACCCCGACGAGGCCGUGUAUGGGCGUAUUCGGCAUUACCCUUGGCCGGACCACCACCCACCUCCCUUCAGGCUCGUGCCUAUGAUCAUGGCCAGCAUGCGGAACUGGCUGCAUGGUGGUGAGCUCGAGGGCGGGCGAGUCACCCACGACGGUCAGCCUGCCUGCUCUAAUACGGCCGCCGUGGAGGGAAACAAGUCCAAGAGCCACGGGCACGAGAGGAAGAAAGGGCGUGUCGUUGUCGUGCAUUGCAAAGCGGGCAAGGGACGCAGCGGCACCGCCACGUGCAGCUACCUCAUCUCGGAAGAAGGAUGGAGCGCAGAGGACGCGCUCGCACGAUUCACGCAACGGCGUAUGCGGCCCCAGUUUGGCGCCGGAGUGUCUAUCCCCUCGCAGCUGCGCUGGGUAAGCUACGUCGAACGCUGGACGCAGCAUAACAAGAAGUACGUCGACAGGCCCGUCGAGAUCAUGGAGAUACACGUCUGGGGCUUGCGCAACGGCGUCAAGGUCGAUAUCGAAGGAUUUGUCGAAGACGGGCGCAAGAUCCGGGUAUUCCACACAUUCACCAAGAAGGAGAGGGUUGUUGUUGAGGCAGGCGUCCCCGCGGGCGGCGGCUUCGGCGAGAUGAUGUGGGAGCUUGCCGGGUAUCCGGCCGCUGCGACAGACAAGGCUCCGGAGAGCGCAGAGCUUGCUGAUGCGACAAACGACAACGAUGGCGAGAAACCUGAUCGAACGAAUUCUGCUCCUGCCUCGGAGAAGAAGCGGGAAGUGUUGAUGCGCAAGGGGACAAAUCUCAUACAAAAGGUGUCCAGUCAAGGGGCUCGCAUGUCCUCAGAGAAGCCAAAGGCAAAGACGGGGCUGGAUGGCAACACCUCGGCCUCGAAUUCUUCAGUCGACGUGCGCACUGAGCCUCCUGACGAACACGAGCCCGGCGGCAUGGCCGUCAUACUGAAGCCAAGCGAUCCCAUCCGCGUCCCGACCAGCGACGUCAACAUUUCCGUCGAGCGCCGCAACAAGACGCACAAGAGCAUGGGGCUCACCAUGGUCUCCGCCGUGGCGCAUGUCUGGUUCAACGCGUUCUUCGAGGGCCAGGGCCCGGAGCAGGCAGGCAAGCCCAACGAGAGCGGCGUCUUCUCCAUCGAGUGGGACGCCAUGGACGGCAUCAAGGGAUCCAGUAGGAAAGGGUCCCGCGCGCUCGACCGCAUCGCCGUCGUGUGGAGAUUCGCCGACGAGGGCCUGCCCAACGCGGGUGAGGACAUUCCCGAGCCGGCCGAGGGAGAGCCUGUGCCGCAGCUCCAGGCCGCCAACUGGAAGGGCGAGACGGCCGAGCAGGGCCAGCAGGACGUCGCGCAGAAGGACCUCGGGCUGCGCACGCAGUCCCCCGCGAGCGUCGACGUGAGCCGGGCGAGCAGCGUCAAGAGCGCAGAGGGCACGACGGGUCCCGUAGCUGGCGCGGCGGCCAAGAUGGCUACGGCUGUGGGUGUUGGUGCCUCGGGGGAGGCCGAGGCCGGUGAGGCCAGCGGCGACGAGACGGGCUCCAUGGCCGGAGUUCGGGUCAGCGGCCCGGCAGGCGAGGAGGACUUGGGACCGACGGAGGACGAGAAGCCCCCCGAGGCGAAGCCGUAG